AUGUGGUACACCAACGAUCCGUUCUACAAUCUCAUCACAUUCCUGCAGACCAAUCUGAUGGCUACCGGUUCCGUUGUCAUGAGCAUUUGCUUGCUGCGUUCGGGCAAAAAGUUCGUCCAUAUCAUAAAUGACUUCAUCGGUUUAUUCCGACGGGUGCAAUGUUUGACGCCACAUCGUCAAGUAAUGGGUAUGCAUCAGUUGAUGUUCCUGCUAAUCAUAGUUAUAUGUGUUGGGAAUUCUGCAUUCGGCUUUCUUUUAAUCUUAAAAUAUACGGACUGGCGGGAGGUUGCCAUAGUUACGACAAAAAUCUACCUCGAAACUGGUCUAGUUGUUAGCUUGCAUAUAGCAAGUAUCGGUUAUAUGUGUAUUGGUGCACUCUACAAUUACAUGAAUCGUUAUAUGCGCGAGGAUCUCUUACCGAGAGCUAGAUGUUUGGAUCAUGUGUUAAGACGUAACAAAACUUAUCGUCCGCCACGUUAUACGCGCAAGCUCAUACGUUUGACCAGAGAGCUGAAUAACUGUGCCAAGAUUUAUAAUGAUAUUUAUAAUCUGGCAACGACUUUUCAUCAAAAUAUUCGUUAUCAAAUACUAUUUGCUCUAUUAUUCGAAUUUAGCUUGCUUACGACGGUUGAGAUAUUCAUCAAUCGUAUGAAUCUAUACGAAUUCAAACCGAAUGUCUUGGGAUUUUUCGACAUUUCCAGUGAUAUUUUAGUAAUGUUUCUCUCGGCCUCCAUUACCUACUUAACCUAUAUACUCCAAAACACAAAACUAAGUCAAAAACUAUAA